AUGGUGGAAGAAGUAGUUGGUUUAGAUGUGUGGGAAUCCAUUAAAACAUCAUCUGUUGGAGUUAUUCUGAGGCUGAAAGAGCUGAAUUAUACCUGGUCAGCCAAGGCGGUUCAUCAUUUACUUACAAACCAAUUGGUGGUUAAUAAUAUCCAUGAGAUAUGGUCUGCUAUAGAAGGUCAGCCAAUUAGGUUUUCGCUAUAUGAGUUUGGUGAUAUUACGAGUUUAAAUUGCGAGCCUUUCAACAUAAAUGACGAGGUGGAGAUUGAUCAUAAGCCAUUUUGGGAAGAGCUUGGUGUCUCUCCUUCACAUGGUCCUAUGCUUUCUGAGUUGCAGUCGUUGUUCACUAAAAUUAGGAAUUGGUCGUUUGAGAAGAGAAGAAUGAUUGGUUUACUAUGUGUCUUGUCUAUUGGAGUACUUGGCAUCUCUCCAGACAGUAGAAUUCCUUUGGAUCAAGCAAAGAGAGUCCUAGACAUAGAAGCAUUUGACAGAUACCCUUGGGGGCGUGUGGGAUUUUCUAGCCUGGUAAAUUCAGUGAAAAUUGUUUCAUAUGAAGGAAGGAACAAGUAUACACUUCGCGGAUGCGUACACGCUCUCUUCAUCUGGGUGUAUGAGUCGAUACCUGGUAUUGGGCAUGAAUAUGGGAAUCAUAUUGAGGGUAACCAAGUUCCUCUUCUCUCCUGGUAUGGAUCUCGUGGUCGUAUAAACUGGGAUGAGUUUUAUAAAAAGGAGAAAAGUCUCCAUCUGAAGGUACGAGUCAGACAUCUCAUUGUCAAGCAAGAAGCUGAGAUAUACCCUCAAUGGCCAGAGGACAAGGUUGAUGAUGAUCUUCACAACUUGAUCACAUACAUUCUACAUGGUGAGCUCGAUGAUACGUAUUGGAACUUGAACUCGCGUACUGCACCAGUACCAAACAAAGAGAAAAGGAAAUUGGUGAGUGAAGAACAAGAGUGUAUGAAAAAAAAAUGCCAAAAGAGAGGACAUCCACUCAUGCUUGUGGAUCCAGCCUUAACUCAAGUCGAGAUGAUACAUUCCAACUUGGCCUAA